UUUUAUUUCGUUAAGUAGUAAAAUCUCCCGUGAUUGUUGUUGUAACGUGAGAAAUGCUGCUCAAAUGUUAUCUUCAGCGGUUACUCGUGACGUCAACGUAACAUUUAUAGUGACAACCAUUGUACAAUAUGCCAAGGGAGCCAUGGACUUUCCUGAAGAUUUCAAUCAGCUUGAGCUCCUGAAUACACAGGGACACUUGGUCCCCCAUGGGGCCAGCAGCCAGUGGACCGGAGCAAAAGAUGAGGAGGAGGAUAUGGAAGAGGAUGAGGAGAGCCACUGUGAAGAGUGGUACUUAGAAAAGGAGGCCACUCUCAAAGACAAACCAAAGGAGCUCAUCCUGUGGGCAGCAGAACACAAUCGUCUCCCCACAGUGCACAAGUUGUUAGCAGCUGAUCCUUCACUGGUGCACUGCUGUGAUGAGGACGGUUACACUCCACUGCACCGUGCGACAUAUGGCGGCCAUGUUGAUGUUGUUUCUGCUCUACUCACUGCCGGAUCUAAAGUGAACCCUCGCACCAUCGAUGGCUGGACGCCUCUUCACAGUGCCUGCCGCUGGAGCCGCGUCACCGUGGCAAGUUUUCUUCUGCAGCACGGAGCCGAACUGAAUGCCCAGACCAACGGUGGGCUCACACCACUGCAUCUGGCUGCUUCCCACACCAGCCUCACCAAAACAGACUCCGCCCACAUCUUAGAGCUCCUCUUGUCUCAGCGACACCUGAAGCCAGGGCUCCGCAGCAGCAGUGGGGAGACGGCUGCUGAGGUGGCCCGACGCAGUGGGCCCUAUCACUUCCUAUUUGAGAUGGUAGAAGACUGCGUCAAUGUGGUACCGAUUUUAUGAACGAAAACACAGGUGCACACACAGUCUCACAUUUACACAUUUGUUUUCACUCUGGACAGCGGGUAUGCUAGCGUUUCAUCUAUGUCAUAAAUUGCAAAAAAAAUGCCUAUUAUAAUUUCCAGUGCCACAUCUUCAUUACGUUGUGUUUGGUCAGCCCAGCAGUUCAAAACCCAAAGAGUUGUAGUUUACUAUCAUGUAUGACAAAGAAAAGCAUCAAAUAUUUACAUUUAAGAAGCUGAAACCAGACAAAAACAGGCAUUUUUGCUUAAAAAAUGAGAAGUUAUUCAAUUGCCAAAUAGACAAAUGACUUAAUUCACUAAUGAUUGUUUAAAUAAUGGAUAUUUAUUAGAUGUUACAGGUGAGCAUUAUUAUAUUUGCAUUUGUUUAACUGAACUUAAUGUGAACAGACUGUGGAAACCCUCAUGUGUUUGUCUCCUGUACUGUCUCUAAAGCUGUAUUUGAUGUUCAUGGUCUCAUGGCAAAGCAUUUAUCUGCUGAAGUAUGAUAAUACAUGAAUGCUGCAUCUUUUGAAA